CAGAAACAGACGAACAAGUGGUGACGCACAACGAACGAGAGAAUAAGUCUGCUGCAGCUGUUUUAGAGGCAGAAAGAGGAGGAGAGAGGCUUCGGGGGGAGGGAGGAAAAAAAGAAGCCAACUCAUCUGACACAAACAGUGGGCCAAAGAAAGGGGAAGAGCAGAGCAGCGCUGUCCAGGACGAGUGGAAAAUCAACGUUGGAGAAGGUGAAGAGGACGAGACGGGGAGGGAAAAGACACAGAAGAGUCUUUACAAAGAGAAAAAAAAGCCUGAAGAAACACUAGAAGAAGUAAAAAGGGGUUGAAUCAAAGUAGCCCCAACUUUUCAGAGAACAGGAUGUCGACGCUGCCGUCAGAAAACAGCACUGAAGAUGUCAACAACCGCAGCUUCUGGAUGCCUGGGAACUAUCAGCGCACUGUGAAGCGAACAGAAGAUGCUUUCCAGGCCUGUAAUGACAUCGUGGCGUGUUUCCAAGAGAGAGCUCGCGUGGAGAGGCAGUACGCCCAGCAGCUCAGCGAGUGGAGCAACAAGUGGAAGCCAGUGGUGGACUCCAGUCCUCUGUAUGGAUCUCUUCUGAAGGCCUGGCAGUGCUUCCUGUCCUCAGCUGACCGGCUGGCCUCCCUACACGCCUCCAUCUGCCGCUCCCUGGUGUCGGAGGAUGGAGACCGGGUCAGGACCUGGCAGAAGGACACCUUCCACAAGAAGCUAUUUGGAGGCUUCAAGGAGUCCCAGGACAUCGACACAGGGUUCGCACGUGCUCAGAAGCCGUGGGCCAAGAGACUUAAAAAGCUGGAUAAAGCCAGAAGGGCGUACCAUAAGGUGAGCCGUAAGGAGCAGGCAGCCAGGGAGAGGGAGGCCCACGCUCAGGGAAACCCGGACGUCGCCAUCGACAAACAGAAGAAGAUCCAGGAGGAGAGAGAGGUGGCUCAGCAGGAGGCCGAGAAGGUUCGCGCCCGCUACGAGAAGGUCCUGGAGGAGGUGAACCGCUACGCUCCACGCUACAUGGAGGAAAUGGAGUCCAUCUUUGACCAAUCACAGGACGAGGAGCGCAAGAGGAUUGUGUUUCUCAAACAAGCCUUCCUCUCUAUCCACAAACACCUGGACAUUACCAACAAUGAGAGUGUGAGGGCCGUGUACAAUGAGCUCCACAACACGCUGAUGGCCAUCGAUGAGCAAGAGGACCUUCGCUGGUGGAAAAACACCCACGGGCCCGGCAUGCCCACUGAUUGGCCACACUUCCAGGAGUGGACACCUGAAAAGAAAACCAAAAAAGGAAAGAAAGAAGUGGAAAAGAAAGGAACAACAGAGAGGGGUGUUAUGAUUGGAGGAGUUAGAGUAAGAGCUUUGUAUGAUUAUGUUGGCCAGGAGACAGAUGAGCUGUCCUUUAAAGCAGGUGAGGAGUUUUUGAAGAUCGAGGAUGAGGAUGACCAGGGCUGGUGUCGGGGGAUGAAGGAUGGCGGGUGGGAGGGACUUUACCCAGCCAACUAUGUAGAGGUGGUGUAGUUGCAGCAUGCAGACUGAAUACAGAAGAUCUUGUUACAUCACGUACUCCAUUUUGCAGCCUGACUAAAUGUCUAAAUGUCAGAAACGUAAUACCAGUGCUGUAAAAAACAACACGGAGUAGCUGUUAGCCAAAGAUGACAGUAUGAUCACACUUUGGUGGCUAUUUUGGCAUACAGAUGUUUUUCUCAAACCACCCAGGUUUGUAAUCUCUUGAAGGAUUUUGAUAAAUGUUUUAAUAUAUACAGUAUGCAUAGACCACUUGUACUGAAGCCAUAUGAUAAACAAUGCUUUAACGUAAAGUACUAAAAACAACAAUAUGCUGGACUCUAAAGGUACACUAUAUAGUCAACCAUUUGGUGCUGAAAUUGCCGUAUAGAAUUGGUCAUUUCUUUGAGAUGUUGUUUUUUUGCACCUCAACACAUUGCUAUUAGAACUGUCACAAAGCCUCAAAACAUGAAGAAAGUGACGCUAAUACUGUGAUUAUAAUUAAUCCAAAGCUGCCGUACAAUUGGAGUCAGCUGGAUAGAUGUAUUUUGCUUCAUCGCCUGUAUUUCUCUUCUGUUUGUGUGAUUUAAAGGAACAGGCUGGAGUUAUGAGGAAUGCGGAUGUUUGCCGUCUUACUCUGAGUUUGAUGAAAAUUUGAUAUCAGUGUUAUCUCUGUGUAUUGAGCCCAGAGAGAAACUGCUAACAGAGCAGCAUCAACAAACAUCCCAGAGGCUCUAAUGCUGCCUUAAUUUGUAUUUUGUUUACUUAAAGUUGCCUCCAUCAAUAUUUUUCUAUUAACAAUUCAUCAAUUGACUAUGUAUGUGAAAGAAGUCGAUCAUAUAGUGGCAAACCCAGAGAAUGUUAUCUGAGGUUUCUCUCAUCUUGACAGAGAGUAUUACUGAAUAUUUCAGCUUUACUGUUCCGUUUAACUCCACUGCUCCCGGUGUCAGUAGCUAUUUUCAGUGAAAUGUUCUAGAAAUCCAGCAAAACCACCAGUCCAGCACCAAACUGCAAACAAACAAAAUUAGCAACUAGCAGGCAAACACUGUGGAGCAUUUAGCAUUGAAAUCUUCAAAUGUUCCAGCAGUAGUUAGUGUGGAUUAGAAGGAGAAGAACUUUUGGCCUAAGAACAAAAUACAAACUUCCACUUCCAUUUCCUCAAAUCAGUAAGUCUUGGUUUAACAUAUAGAAAUUGAACUUCUAAGGCAAGGAAUUUUGUUUGUAAAAAGGGUUUAGAAGAAGUUAUUUUUGUUCACCUGCACCUGUUUAGCUGACCUGAUGACUGCUCACGGCCUCUUGGAUGUUGUGUCUCUCGAUGUGGGUUGAUAAGUUUUGUUCAAACUCUGUGAAAACAAAAUUCAGGUGAUUCCUGGAUGCAAUUUUUCUUGUUAAAAAAACCAGAACAUCCUGCAGUCAUUAAACAGCACUAAUCAGCCACAACAUUAAAAACCAACUGGUGAAGUGAAUAGCAUUGAAUAUUCUGGCACCUGUCUAGGACUGGGAUAAAUUGUGCAGCAAGUGAACAACCAGUUCUUGAUGUUCGUGUGUUGGAAGACGGGAAAAGUGAUAAUCUGAGUGACUUUCACAAAUAUGAUACUAAAUGACUGGGUCAGAGCUUCUCCAAAAUGGCAGGUGUUGUGGAGUGUUCCUAGUAUGAAGUGGUUACUAAGAGCUGUCCAAGAAGGGACAACUGAUAAACUGACAGGGGGAGUCAAGGCUGCCUGUGUGGUCUGAUCCCACAGAAGAACUACUGCAACAAAAGCUGCUGAAAACUUAAUGAUAGAACGGUGGAAUAGACCAGGAGGCAGCAUAAUGUUAUGAGAUACUGCAAAAAUCAUUUAAGAAUGGUUUGAGAAACAUGACAGUGUUCAAGGUGUUGACUAGGCCUCUAAACUCCCCACAUUUCAAUCUGAUCGAGCAUCUGUGGGAUGUGAUAGAAAAAAAAAAACAUCCGAUCGAUGGUGGCACCAUCUCGCAACUUCAAGGACGUAAAGUAUUUGCUGCUGAUGUCUUGAUGCUUGAUACUACGGUACAGCUUCAGAAAUCUGUGGAGUCAAUGUCCCAGCAGGUCAGAGUUGUUUUAGUGGUACAAGGGGACCUACACAGUAUUAGUCAGGUGGUUUUAAUGUUGUGGCUGAUCCAAAGGGUGCAUAUUAAUGUACAAGUAGAUAUAAAAACACUUACUCUUCAUGCAAAACUCUAAGCUUGGAUGAAGAAUGAAAGAUUGCCUUCUGUUUUCAUUAUUGAGAGGCCAAUGUAUGAUCACAAUAAAGUGCUGACAAACAAUAAUGAGACUUGAUGAAAGCCGUACCGAUUCAAGUUGUGCUCUUUCACCUUCACUUCCACAUCCAACACAGAGUAUAACAUAUUGAGUAUAUUCUGUACUCCUGUAGCUUGUUUUCCAUUAUGUUUUAUAGAAAGUACAAACAGGAAUUUUUGGAACUGACACUUUGGAGCGAAACUAAAGAGGGUUGUCCAUUGAUUGCACGGUUGGUGGUUCAAUCAGUGGCACAUACUGAACCUCAGAAUUGGACCUAAUGUCUGGGCCAUUGCCGUACACGGAGACUCCGCCACCAUCAAGUGUAAAUGGGUGGCUGAAUGAGACACAAAUUGUAGAACCCUUUUUUCUGUUAGAAGGUAGAAUAUAAAAGAAAAGUCCAUUUAUAUUUUUUUCAGUGUUUGAUAAAGUACAGUUAGGUGAAGUUUUCCCCUCUUGCAGUCUUUUAAUCCAGGAUCUAUUGGCUACAAUGGGUCAAGAUAAUCUUAAAUUUGUAACUCGGUUCAUCUUUGGGAACGUGGGCCCAGGUCUGAACAUGUCCUAUGUGUAAUGUUGUCUCUGCACACAAUGUCUGGAGAUGAAACUGAUAUCACUUUUCUGUAUGAGAUGCUCUGUUUGAUGUUGAACAGACAUAUUUCUUAUCAUGUCACACUGUUCCUUCAAGAUAGGUGCUAUGGAACAAAUAGUUUCUCUGUCUGUCUGUAAUAUCCAACCAUCUGUUGCUAGACUGUUAUGUAUGAGACCUAUCGCUAAAAAGCGCCUUUACCAAAGUAAGGAAACUGCUUCCAGGUUUACCUUAUCUAUAGCCUCCUUCAGUAUCUCUGUAUGUGCUAGUUUUCUUCACUUGCCAUGUAAAAACUAUGAAUUUACAACCUCCAUGUCUUUUUGGAAAUAAAUUUUAAAAAUGUUACACAAACA